GUCCAAAUUAUAUGUGUGGCUCUGCAUGUCUACUGUUUUUUCACUCUGGUCUGUUCAUUCAUCUUGCUUCUGUAAUAAUACGUUUUUUUCUUCCUUUUUGUUAUUGAGGACUAGCGAGAAGGAACAAUGUUCAAAAUUACUUCUAAUAAUUCUUGUCAAGAAGAAUUUUAAUAAUCUAACAGCCAUAAUCACUUUUGUCCUCGAACUUUUCGCUUAUGAGCUAUGGAAAUGUCAAUAUCCACAUUCCCAACAGUCCAUGACAUAUCCAUUGCCAACCCAGGAAAACCUCAAACUCUUAUAGAGUAUUUGGUCAUCUUGAUAGGAGUUAUAUUGUCAACGUUGAAUCUUUUUGGAUGCAAGAAAAUGGUGGAAGAUAGUGUAUUUCUCGCAUUUGUGUGCAUGUACACAAGACAUUCACUCUACUGUACAAUUGCAUGCAUAUGCCUGAACAUGCAUAUAUAUACUCAUAUUUAUACACCCUUUAAUCUUAGUUAUCUUUGGGAAAUUAGUGCUACUUCAUCUACUAUUCAUGUUGCAUCUAUUUAACACGUGAUCAGUUUCUGGGGCUUUAUUCUAAUGGAUAGUUCAAAUAUAUAGGUUAAAUAUACUGGCUGAGCUUCUUCGAUUUGGUGAUCGUGAAUUUUACAGAGAUUGGUGGAAUGCAAAAACUGUUGGGGAGUACUGGAGAAUGUGGAAUAUGCCUGUUCAUAAAUGGAUGGUUCGCCAUAUCUAUUUUCCAUGCUUGCGAAAUGGGAUACCUAAGGGAGUUGCUAUUCUCAUUGCAUUCUUCGUUUCUGCUGUUUUCCAUGAGCUCUGCAUUGCUGUCCCCUGCCAUGUGUUCAAGUUAUGGGCUUCUAUAGGCAUCAUGUUUCAGGUUCCAUUGGUCUUAAUCACAGAUUACUUGCAAAAUAAAUUCAGAAAUUCAAUGGUGGGCAAUAUGAUGUUCUGGUUCUUCUUCUGCAUUCUUGGACAACCAAUGUGUGUCCUCCUUUAUUAUCAUGACCUGAUGAAUCGCAAAGGGAAAGCUCAGUAAAAACUCGGAACAUCCCAAUGCACAAUUACACUUAUACAUUUUGCGGCUACCAUUUUCUCCUGCAGAGUACCUUUGAUUGUGAUGCAACAUUGCAUUGCAUUUCAUUUACCUGCAGCUUUGCUGCUUUCUGCACCACACGAUGCAUCUUUUCUGGGAGGAGUGAUCGGAUUCAAUUAAUGUAGGAGCAAUUUUGAUGGUAUAAAUGCAUUGGCAUCAUCUAAUGGAAAGUUGUACAUGAAUGUUAUUUUGAUUCUACCUUUCAGUGAUACACUUGACUAGCCUACUGUACUUGUC